CGACCCGCCAUCGUUGCCGUGUCAUCAUUAUCAGAUCCUCAGUGAAAAAACAAGCAUUUAAGACAUCACCUUAACCUUUUCCUUCUUUCUUUUUCGUUCGAUUUUCCACCCCCGCUCUGAAAGGAUACAUACCUCCGAUAUCCAGUAUCUCAUCCACAUUCAUACCAUCUGCUACUCGCUUGAUGUCUGGAAAUACGAGGCACGCCGCCAGCCCAGACGGAAGGGAAAGGGCUGGAGCAGAGCAUAUGCACGAUCAGCGAGGCUCAAACAUGCAAACUCACGAGUCGCCCCAGCUAAGAGAUCCUUUCACUGGACGCUCUCCUUCCACGGAUUCUGGCGUUAUCGAGGCCGAAUCUCCUACUCAAGGUGAUGCUCGGCGUUCUGACCCUUUGUCUACGUCUGAAUCAAAGUCGCCGCUGCGGGAUAGGCGCAUGAGCAAGGAGUGGGACGCCGCUAAAGUGCCUCCAUCGCGAUUUCAGAAGCCAGAAGGCAGCAUCUUCUCGACGUCCAGCUCGCGAGACAGCCACAUCACAAGACGGGAUCGUGAUGCUUCUUACCACGCCAAAUUGAAGGAGAAGGGUUGGGUUUGAGUGUCGCCGUUGAUUUAUGACGUCAUAAGGACCACCGCCAAUAGUCAUUUCUCUCGCCGCUUUAAAAAAUAAACAAGCUAGUCUCGCCAAGACCCGAUAAAUGCCUCUGAUUUGCCAAGCGAUUGCUAUUCUGCAGUUGCACGGUUGCUACCAAUUGAUGCUCCCCACGGAUGUUAUUUAUGCCUUUUAUUCCAAUUGCCGCUACGAUAUCUUGGGGCUCAUUCGAUUCAAACGUUUUCUAUUCGGUUUGAUCAAAGAAGAUGCCCUUGCUGAUUUACGCCAGUGGGAUUUUGUGAUUGCUGAACUCGGCAAUGGAUCCAUUGGCUUUUCUGAGUGUGGAUGCGAUUUGUCUACUUUUCCAAGUUGCAAUUUACAGAUUGAUAUUUUGUGUAUGACAACAAUGAAAGGACAUUAGAGAGAACUUUUCUCAUAUUUCCUG